AUGAGUGAAAGCACAGACUUAGCGCCCUUCUUCGCCCCUUUCCUAGGUCUUGCAGGAUGCGCAUCGUCCAUGAUAUUAUCGUGUGUUGGAGCCGCCAUUGGCUCGGCCAAGUCCGGUAUCGGUAUUGCCGGUAUUGGUUCGUUCAAGCCUGAACUCAUCAUGAAAUCGUUAAUUCCCGUGGUGUUGUCGGGUAUUCUUUCCGUUUACGGCCUUGUGGUGUCUGUGCUCAUUGCGGGAGGAUUGAAUCCUGCCGAGGAGUACUCGUUGUUCAAGGGAAUUAUGCAUUUGGCAUGCGGUUUGUCGGUCGGCUUUGCAUGUAUGGCUUCCGGGUACGCUAUUGGAAUCGUUGGAGAUGAGGGUGUGAGACAGUACAUGCACCAGCCCAGAUUGUUUGUGGGAAUUGUGUUGAUUCUUAUUUUCGCCGAGGUGUUGGGGUUGUAUGGUUUGAUUAUUGCCUUGAUCUUGAACACCAAGGGAGCCUAG